CCCAGUGGAAAUCUGUGGAAGUGACAGGAAAGUUCCUGAAAACACCAGAGCUCCUCCAGUGAGGAUAGAAAAGCUGGGACCGUCCCACUGCUGAGGCAGAAAGCAACACAACACACACUGGGACAAGAGACUCCACACUGAAGACACACUGAAGAUGCUGUGCUCACAUGGACUGCAGGCUUCCCUCGGCCCUUUCAUGCACCUCCACUGGCCUGUGCUCAGUCUGUGGCCAGAGGUGCAGCCUCUGCUCUACCAGCGACAUCUGCUGCGCACAAACACACAGGAGCUGGAGGACAAAGUUCAACACAAGAUCCUACAGGAGACGCAGCCCGUCCCCGCCUCUGUGGCCGUCCGGCCGGAGGAGCAGGCAGGGCCCUUUGUUCUGAGCCUGGACACUGAAGGCUUUUCCCCAGAGGAGCUGUGUGUCCAGCAGCUGGGCAGGAGGCUGACAGUCAGCGGGAAGUCAAAGAGGAAGCAGGAGGACGGGAAAGGCUCCUGCUCUUACACACUCCACCAGUUCAGGCGGGAGUUUGAUCUGCCCCGACGGGUGAAUCCUGAAGGCGUCAGCUGCUACCUGGCUGCAGACGGGACGCUGCACAUCCAGGCUGCAGAAGCUCCGUGUGCUGAGGAGGCUGAGAGAGAGCUGCCUAUCAAGAGGAUCCAGGAGGAGAAAACACAGCAGAGUGUGUGUUCACACACAGACGGCAGCAGCACACAGGACACUGAGGACAAGACACACUGAUCUCAUCCUGCUUGAGCACACUUGUAUUCACUGAACUCUAAACACAAACUAAUGAUGACCACAUGUGCUGCUGUGUGAAUGUCAUUUUGUAGAAUCAAUAAAUGUACUAGAACCUGAA